CCUGUAGUCUUCUCACGAGUUUUCUUGAUACACACAAACGCACACACAUUUUCUGUACCUAUAUUCACAUAUGACAAAGGACGCAGGUGUGGCGGAGCACGGGUCGUUCACGACCAAGGACUACCAUGAUCCGCCUCCGGCGCCGCUCAUCGACGCGGAGGAGCUGACAAAAUGGUCAUUUUACAGGGCUAUAAUAGCUGAGUUCAUAGCCACUUUGCUGUUUCUUUACAUUACAGUUUUGACUGUAAUUGGGUACAAAAGCCAGACUGAUCCCGACUUGAAGGGUGACCAGUGUGAUGGGGUUGGAAUUCUUGGUAUUGCAUGGGCCUUUGGUGGCAUGAUCUUCAUUCUGGUUUACUGCACUGCUGGAAUUUCUGGGGGGCACAUAAACCCAGCAGUGACCUUUGGCCUGUUCUUGGCCCGGAAAGUGUCUUUGAUCCGGGCAGUGAUGUACAUGGUGGCACAGUGUUUGGGAGCCAUCUGCGGCGUUGGUUUGGUCAAGGCAUUUCAGAAAUCAUACUACAAGAAAUACGGUGGCGGCGCCAACGUGCUGGCCGAUGGGAUCAGCACCGGCGUCGGGUUAGCUGCCGAAAUCAUCGGAACAUUCGUCCUUGUUUACACUGUUUUCUCCGCCACUGAUCCAAAGCGUAGUGCCAGAGAUUCUCACGUCCCUGUAUUGGCACCUCUUCCAAUUGGAUUUGCAGUGUUCAUGGUUCAUUUGGCCACCAUUCCAGUCACCGGAACGGGCAUCAACCCAGCUCGGAGUCUUGGAGCCGCAGUAAUCUACGACCAGCACAAGGCUUGGGACGAUCACUGGAUUUUCUGGGUCGGACCGUUUAUCGGUGCAGCCGUUGCAGCAUUCUACCACCAGUUUAUAUUGAGAGCUGGAGCAGCAAAGGCCCUUGGUUCAUUCAGGAGUAGUGCUUCUCAUCAUUGAAAUUAAGAGUCUUACUUUUAUCAUUUUCAGAUGAAUUUUCAGGCUUAAUUAUGAAUAAUUUUCAAGCUUUCUCCAUCAAUAUUAAUUAUUCUUCAAAGAUCCUUAAUGAUGGGAGAGUUCUUGAGAACCUUGGAAAUGUAUCGAUAAGGUAGCUGGAAAAGUGGAAAACUUUUAUUUCAUUCCUUUUGUCCUUUAUGUUUUGAUGAUAUGGAAUCAUGUGUAUUUUUCAAGACUAUCUUUUUAUUUUUAUCUUCUUUAA